AUGGUAGAUAAUAAAGCUAUUUCAUAUAUCAAUCGUGAUACUCCCUUAAAAAUCACUAAUACAGAAAUUGAUUUGGACAAUUGUUACAAACAUAACGAAAUCAUCGUUGAGGUUCAUGCUGUCGCAUUAAAUCCAAUCGAUAAUAUCUUGAAGAGACUAUCAAUUCCAUUAAUAUCAAGAUCCUAUUCAAAAAUUUAUGGUUGUGAUUAUUCAGGUGUAAUUGUCAGAGCAGGUAAAGAUGUGAAGAGUUUCAAUGUCGGUGAUGCAGUUUUUGGUAAAUAUUUAGAUUUUACUUGUCGUCGUCAAGGUGCUGCUGAACAAUAUAUCGUUAUAAAUCCAACUAAAAAUGAUGAAAUAUCCGUGAUUGAAAAAGGGGACGGUAAGGAAGUGUCACAGGAAACGUUCAAUAAAUAUGCCGCUGCAGUUACUGUCUUCGCAACUGCUUAUUGUUUAUUAACUGAAAACAAUCAAAAAAUCAAUGAAAACUCUAAAAUUUUGGUUGUAGGUGCUUCAACUUCUGUUGGCUAUGCUUUAAUUAAAAUUGCUAAAAACAUUUAUAACGUCAAGACUGUUGUUGGUACUUGUAAUUCUAACUCUAUUGAACACAAUAAAGAAGCUGGUUAUGAUAUUUUGAUUCCAUACAACGAUCCCAGUAAAUCAGUUCCCGAGUAUACUUUAGAUAUAAUUAAAGAUCAACUCGAUGGUGAAAAAUUUGAUCUAAUAGCUGAUUGUGCCGGUACAAAUGUCUUCUUUCCAAUCAUGGAUUCUGUUUUGAAACCUAGUUCAACUAAUAGUCAAUUUCUGACGAUUGUCGGUGACUACAAAUUUAAUUACAGAACUAUGGGGUGGUCAGACUUCGUUACAUGGUCUGUCAUCAAAAGAAAAUUAGGUAUUUUCAGAAAUUACAAUUACGGUUUCAUAGUGGCUAAUAGUCCGGAAGGUUUAAGAUUAGCAUCAAAAAUGAUUCCUUCCGGUGACUAUAUCCCAGUCAUCGACUCUGUUUACAAGUUUGAUCAAUUUAAGGAUGCUGAAGAAAGAUUAAUUUCCAAUAAGGCAAAAGGUAAAAUAAUUAUUGAAAUCGAUCAAUAA